UCCAUUCUUAAAUAUUUCAUAUAGCGCAUUUGCCAAAAAAAAACUUGGAAAUCCUCCAAACCCAUUAUUUUCUAUUUUCCAAAUUAUAAGUUUUAUAGCAAAGAAGGAAAAGAUGAGAUCAAAAAACCAAAGCCCCAUCAAUGUUAAGCUCAUUCUCAUUGGUAUUAUUCUAGUUUUUCUUUUGUUUUUGGUACUUAGAUCAACUUAUUCACCUUCUCCUGAUCAACAAACUAAAUCUCUUGUUUCAAAGUCAUCAUCAUCAUCACAAGAUGAAGAAACUGAUCAUCAGUCUUCAGAAGCUUGUCCAUCAAACACUUGCAACAAGAUAUCCCCAUCACUAGCAAAUGCUUUAGUCCACUAUGCAACUUCAAAUGUGACACCACAACAAACACUUAAAGAAAUCUCAGUUUCGUUAAAAGUUCUUGAAAAGAAAUCUCCUUCCAAUUUCUUGGUGUUUGGAUUAGGACAUGAUAGUUUAAUGUGGACAGCUCUAAAUCAUGGUGGAAGAACAGUUUUUCUUGAAGAAGACAAGUCAUGGAUAGAGCAAAUACAGAGUCAAUUACCAAAUUUGGAAUCUUACCAUGUUAUAUAUGACACAAGAAUAACUCAAGCUGAUGAACUCAUGGAAAUUGGAAUGAGUAAUGAAGAUUGUAAGAAAGUAACAGAUCCAAGAUUAUCAAAAUGUCAGCUUGCUCUAAAGGGAUUGCCUCAACAAGUGUUGGAGAUUGAUUGGGAUUUAAUAAUGGUAGAUGCACCAACUGGUUGGCAUGAUGGAGCACCAGGAAGAAUGAGUGCAAUAUACACUGCAGGAUUGAUUGCUAGGAACAAACAAGAGGGAGAAACUCAUGUGUUUGUUCAUGAUGUUGAUAGAGUUGUGGAAGAUCAAUUUUCAAAGGCUUUUCUUUGUGAAGGUUAUUUGCUACAACAAGAAGGGAGGAUUAGGCAUUUCAAUAUUCCUAGCCAUAAGGCACGUUUGGAUGCAUAUCAAUCAUGCAUAAAACGUGAAGUAAUCCAGAGAAGAAGAAGAAGAAACAGAUAAGAAGAAGAAGAAUGGAGGAAGAAAAUAGUUAUUCAAUUGUAUUCUCCCUUUCAUAUGUAAUCUGUACAUACAAGUAUCUCUAUAUACAA